AAAAAUUCGCACUAGGACCACGCAGCUAGCGAGGCAAUAGCGCUGCAUUGUCUUUGUUCCUCCACUCAGAAUCUCUCCCCGUCUCUCUCUAUCCUUUCCUCUACUUCCAUUACAGUAUUACACGGGUCUGGAUGAUUGCAGAGACAGCAACAUGGCUGUGAAUCUCAGCAAGAACAGACUGGCCCUUCUAACAGCCUACCAGGAUGUUAUCAACGAGACCUCGUCCACCGACUGGGCCUUGUACACAUAUGAGGACAACAGCAAUGAUUUGACACUGGCAUCAUCAGGAGCUGGAGGUCUACCGGAGAUCACAGUGACCUUCGACAAUGCCAGGGUCAUGUACGGCUUCUGCAGCCUGAAGGAGCCCACGGCCGCACUGCCGCGCUACGUCCUCAUCAACUGGGUUGGUGAGGAUGUGCCUGAUGCAAGGAAGUGUCAGUGUGCCAGCCAUGUGGCUAACAUUGCAGAGUUUUUCCAGGUCAGUCUCACUGAGAUUACUCUGGUUUGUGGGAACACGACUGAGACUGAGUACAAAACCUUACGAACACCUGCUCUUUCCAUGACACAGAUUGACCAGGGAGUCAACAUCAUCGUCAAUGCCAGCACCAUGGACGACAUCGAACCAUCUGCCAUUGGACAGAGACUGACCAAUGGGACAGCUUCUGUGGCCAGCCCCGUCCUCAGCCGUCUGAGAACCAGAGAGGAGGAGAACGGAGAGCUUGGAGUGGGCACCGUGUACACCAAGACCAACGCAGAGAUCGAGAUGAAGAAGAUCAAUAGAGAGGAAUUCUGGGAACAAGCCAAGCGUGAAGAAGAGUUGAGAAAGGAGGAGGAGAGGAAGAAGGUUGCGGAGGAGAGGCAACGCUUUGAGGAGGAGAGGAUGGAGCUGGAAAGGAAGGAGCAAGAGGAUAGAGAGAAGAGGUACCGCGAAAGGGAGAGGCAAAUUGAGGAACACAGAAAGAAGAUGCAAGAGGAAGAGGAGGCCAAAGAGAGGACACGGAACCAGCCCCUCAUAACAGCAGAACCUAGCUAUGAGGAUCUGGAGAAAGAGAACAAGGAGACGGAAGUGGAGGAGGCGAAAGCCCUGAUUGCCCAGCGGGCGGACAAUCCCAGGGAGUUCUUUAAGCAGAAAGAGAAGGCUGUGACCACUGGUGUGGACGUCUCUCCUGUCUCUAUCCACAGGGCCGAUGGUGAUGAUGAAGGGAGCUCAGACCACAGCAUGGGGACGUCCCCAACGCCUAUCCCUAAAAUAGUCACCACACCCAUCCAGGAGGCAGAGGACGACAGCCGGAACGAGUGGGGUGAGCCGAAGCAGCAGCCAGGCCCAGUCCAGGAGUCCACUCCCACCAAGCCCGUUCAGAGCGUGGCCCCCCAGACCCGCCCAGACUCCCAAGCCCCGUCCUCAACCUCGGACGACUAUGACCCCUUCUCAGGUUUCAGGCCCCUUCCCGCACCCACUGCCGCAGACCCCCUGGUGGACCUAUGGGACAGCAGUCCUGCCACAGGCUCCGCCCCCUCUCAGGCCCUGCCUCCUGGAGGGCGAGUCCAGCCCCUGCUGAGCUUCGACGAGAUGGGAGACGUACCAUUCUACCCGGGGGGCCCCGGGGGUGCUGAGGACGAGCCCUCCAGCCUGGUGGAUGUGGCUGGGACCCACGAUAUGACCCUGAGCUACCAGCAUGCACUGCAGCAUGCUUCAGAUGACACUCAGCUGAUGACCAAUGGGGAGACGCUGCUCAAAGAAGGGACUCAGGCGAGCGAGGGUUACUUCAGCCAAUCGCAGGAGGAGGAGGACUGCUCUGCUAAAAUGAACCCGACGCCAGUGUUUUAUAACAAGCCACCAGAGAUUGACAUCACGUGCUGGGACACGGACCCUGUAAUGGAGGACAGCGACUAGACGAUGGCGGAGUAGAACAGUCCGGUGGAGGGAAGUAGAAACAACGCAUCAUCAAUGACGAAACUGUUUUUUUUAAAAGUAAUAAUAACAAGUCUUGCAUUAAAAAAAAAUCUGUAUAAUGUUCUAGAAUAAAACAAAAAAAUGUUAGCCACCGAAAAGGUUGUCGAGUUAUUGUUAGAGAUGCUAAUUGGUUGAUGAUGAGCUCUUGUUUUUUAAAAUGUAUUUCUUAUAUUUCUCCUUAUUUGCUAUGUCGAGUAAAUAGCAGAGAGUGAGAACUACUUUCUUGGGUACUUAUAUACACAGCUCAGUAGCUCACGUCUGUGUCUUCUACAGCAGAUAUGACCCCUGUACCAGACAGGUAGCCUAUUAAAAGUUAGAGCAAACCCUUUUGUGAGCAAUCACAAUUAUUCCUACCACAGCCCCCUCCUCUCUCCCCCAACCCUGGGCUCCACCCUCCCUAGUGCCAAGAGUUGCCCUGCUCUGGCCCUCUCCCCUGAGGCCUAGGGGACCUAACCCCCCUUCUGAGUAGCUGGUUGGGGAUAAAAGUGGGCACGGUGCCUGGGGGAAGGGCGAGGGGGAUCAGAGAGGAAAUGGUGCCAAGUGUAAUCCUGAAUUUUUCAAUGUGUCAGUUUGGCCAUGGGUCCUUACUCAUAAUCCACUGUAGACAGAUAGAGGAGGAGCGGGGAACCAGACAAAGGCAUGGCGGACAUCAUAGUACAGGCUGGGAUAGCAGUACUAUUGUACUAUAUCAUAGUAAAACCCUAAAAAAUAUAUAUAUGUGCAAGUCACUUUGAAAAGGAAUAUCUAUCGUAGUUUCUUAUUGUUUAUUGUUGGCAUACACACAUUUUCCCCUAGUCUGUUUUUCUGCUGGGAAAGUAUUAGUGCUAUCCCAGCAUAAAAUCAGACUAGAGGAGAAUGUGUAUAUUUUUUACUACCUAUUAAAAGUGUACUAGAAAUUAAUAUUCAGGGUCUUUGAAUCAUGGCCAUAGCUGUAGUCUCGUUUUGUUUCGUCUCCAGUGAAAACUAGGCAAUAACUAUAUCUAGAGUACUCAGAUGGGAACGAGGACAUUCGUCACACGUUGUGGCACUAUGAACGGAACAGUGUGUCUUGUGCUGAGGUUGUUGGAGAGCUGCCACACUAGUCUCUGCUGUAUGACAUGAUACCCUUCUUUUCAGUAGACACAAAUUCACAUUUUUUUGCAUUCCAUCUGUUUAAAUUUCCCUCGUCCUUCUUUUAAAAUGAUGUAGUUCACAUGCACGCCCCCUUGAUGGCCUCAGAAGCACUAUUGUAAUUCUACCAUUGGGACUAUGUUGUUUUUGCACAGGUCUCAUUCCCUGCUUGACUUUCACCCAGUCAUCUCGGUUCUGAUUUCACCCCUAAAUGAGAAACAGUACAGUAGACUAGCUUUGCACGUAGGCCGUAGAAAUGAUUUUGAUCAUAAAGACUCACUAUCCCCUUUAUUAAUGUUCCAAUGUUUAGAACAGAUGAUUAUUGACCCCCCCCCACACACGGCUUGUGGACUGUCUGUCUGUCUUCCUUCACAUGAUCUAGAGGUUGUUUAUUAUCGUUACUGUUCAAGGGUAGUUUCAUUUCUGAGAUUCCACACCUCUGAUCUGAUUCUAAAUAAAUCCCGUCAUUCUUAUUCAUAGAGAUAGAACAGUUCUAUAUUGUUAUAUCUCUCUGUUCUUACCACAGAGUUCUGAGUGGGAACCAGAAAGCAAUAAGAAAGAAAAAAAAAACAAUGUCGUUUUUUUGUUCUGUAAAUAGUGUUUGAUAUUUAGUAAUAUACAACUAAUGAUCGACUAACACUUUUUUUGGCGGGGGGGUCAUUGUGGCCCUUAUGAUUAUGCCACUUUGAAUUGAGGCUUGUUGUGGGAUUGAGUGAGAUUUUUAAAUGAAGUUUCUUUGAAGAGAGAUUUGAAAUGUGAGUCGUGGUGGGAUUCCAUAUCCCUCGCAGCCUUUUCCGUAUAUGAGAAUCACCUCAUGCUUGGUAAGAGCCGACCAACCUGCAUCUUUAGCAGUAACUGACACCGUUUCCACAUAAUUUCAAUGUAUACUUCUUCACUCUGAUAACCUCCUGGUUAGUGAUUAUUAUUCUCUCCCUACUGCACUACUAGGAGACUACUACUCUACUACUACCCCUAAUACUCGCCCCAAAGCAAGGCUUAGCUGUUCCUUGGCUUUACUGAUCUCUUUUUAUUUAAAAGAUAGAAAUAAAAAGAUUCUCUUCCCUCUUUUGCGUCCGCUUCUCUCACACUGUUUUUUU